AUGAUUGCGUGUAGCAUAGCACCUGCACUUCUUCAGCCAGUCCCCGAGACUCUUUACUCAUUUGAUUUAUAA